AUGGCCUGGACUCCUCUCCUCCUCGUACUCCUCUCCCACUGCACAGGUUCCCUGUCCCAGCCUGUGCUGACUCAGCCGCCCUCCGUCUCUGCAUCUCCUGGAUCCACAGCCAGACUCACCUGCACCCUCAGCAGUGGCUUCAGUGUUGGUGGCUACUGGAUAAACUGGUUCCAGCAGAAGCCAGGGAGCCCUCCCCGGUAUCUCCUGUCUUACUACUCAGACUCAAGUAAGAACCAAGGCGCCGGGGUCCCCAGCCGCUUCUCUGGAUCCAAAGACACCUCGGCCAAUGCAGGGCUUCUGCUCAUCUCUGGGCUGCAGCCUGAGGACGACGCUGACUAUUACUGUGCUGCAUGGGACAGCAACACUAAGACUCACACAGUGGUCCAGACCCACAAGGAAGUGAGACCAAAACCUCCUCUCUGCUCUCUUGGCCUGCCACUGUCACCCCAGCUGGUGGCUCUGACCAAGUCUAGCUCAGCAGUAACUUGUGUUGUCAGAUCUUCAUCCAGCACUUGA